AUGACUUCUAUUGAUAUUGUUCGCGCUCACAAUGCAUCGCUGAAGAGCUUACCCCCAAAACUAGUUGCAGUCUUCGUCGGGGGCACAAGUGGCAUUGGCGUCUUCACAGCUCGAGAAUUCGUCCGCAACACCACCUCACCACAUGUCUACUUGAUUGGCCGCAACGCGACUGAAGCUGGCAAGAUCAUGAAAGAGCUCAGCUCCAUUAACAGCUCAUCCCAGGUCAGCUUCAUUCAAAAGGAUCUCUCAUUGUUGAAGAACGUGGACGAAGCAUGCAGUGAGAUCAAGAGCAAGGAGACGCAAGUCAACGUGCUAUUCAUGACGUGCGGCUAUCUUACCAUGAAGGGACGAGACGAGACAGCCGAGGGUCUGGAUAGGAAGAUGGCGGUGCAGUACUACUCACGAAUGCGAUUCAUCAACCAACUCACACCGCUGCUCAAUAAUGCCUCCGAGGCGAACAAUCUCUCUCGCGUUGUCAAUGUCCUGGACCCGCAGGCUGGCUUAAGGCUGGGAGGCCUCGACUAUUCCGACCUCUCCCUCAGGCAUAACUUCAGUCUCAAAAAGGUGCUAUAUCACGCGAGUGCCAUGACAAAUCUCUCCAUAACUCACUUGGCAACGCAAAACCCGAAGACGAGCUACAUCCACGCAUACCCGUCCGGUGUGGAGACGGGCGCAACGCGUGAACUAUUCGGUCGCUUCAACAACGCUGUCAUGUUUGUGUUGGGUGGCCUAUUUGGACGUUUUAUAUUCGUUCCGCAAGUGGAAAGCGGCGAGAGACACUUGUUCGCUGCCACUGCGCCGCGUUACGCCCCCAGGGCAGAUGGCGCCAAGACAGAAGUCGUUGGAAGUGAUGGCGUGAAAGGGAGUGGAGGCUAUCUCCUGAACUGGAAUGGGGACAUCCUGGCAGAUACAAAGAAAGCGCAGAAGUUGAGGGAAGAGGGUGGCAUUGAGAAGGUUUGGAAGCACACUCACGAGGUCAUGAGCAAGAUCGCGGAGAGUGGAAGGUUUACUGGAUAG